CAGACCAGAACGGUUCAGUCACCUGACUCGGCUCUGGGGUUCUUGAGAUUGGCUGGAGAUAGCGAUGUGUUUAUCCACUGGCUGAGCGGCAGCCCAUUCCCCUCUCCAGUGCCCUCCGUCUGCCUCUUCCCUCCUGCCCCCCAGAUCACCCUGAACCUUAGGGAUCAGCCAGUCUAUAAAUAACCGGGAGAUUUGCAAAUCCAAAGGCAUCUCUGUGAGCAGUCACACGGGAAGAACCAGUGAUGCAGGUCCUGAACAAACCCUACCCCAAAAACUGCCUGCUCACUGUUAUGGACAGGUAUUCAGCCACCGUGAGGAACAUGGAGCAGGUGGUCAUGAUCCCCAGCCUCCUGAGGGAUGUGGCCCUGGAGGACCACAGCUGCCAAGCCCCAGCAGAUGAGGCGGGCGCCCACGACCUCUACAGCUACUAUACCAUGCUUAAAUCUAUCCGGGUGGAUGUGGACAAUGGCCUGCUGCCCAAGGACAAGUGGAAGGCCAAGAUGACCAACUCAGAUGAGGAGGAUGAGGAGGAAGAAGAAGAAGAGAAGAGCGGGGAAGAGCCAGACCUUGAAACUCAGUUUCAUCUUCAUUUCUCCAGUCUCCAUCACAUUCUCACCCAUUUGACCCUGAAGGCCAAUGAAGUGACAAAGAGAUACCAAGAAUUAACUGGGCUGACGAUGUAGACCCCAGUGGCCUGUUCUCUGUUAGAAUGCUCCACAACUUACAUGGCUGAAGGCAGCAGCUCUGGGAAGGAACAAUGAAGGCUCAUGGGCACUAUGUCAGGACAUUUGCUGGGAGCUACAGAUGGGAGAGAAGACAACUUGGUCAAGUGUGCAAUCUCCCUGGCUACCCAUCUGGGACAUUCCCCAUUGACUUACCUGCAAGAAGCCAGAAGAUCCUUGCCAACAUCUUUGAAAACCAACUCUAGGCCUCCCCAACCCCACUCAGAUUAUGGUUAUCAUAGGAUGGUGGGUGGUUUUCAAGGGAUAGGAAGAGACCACCUUAUCUUUAUUUUGUCUGAGGCUGCUUUUUCUCCCAUCCUAUUUAUCUUCUCCAGCUUCAGCCUCUCAUCUACUUCCUGAUGAAGGCUACUUGGAGGUUAAAAGUUCCUCAAGAGUCAGAAGUGCCUGUUAGGACCCACAACCAGAGUCACCAGUCUUCCAUAUUAAAGAGGCUUUGAGCCACACCUUCUUACCUGUGUGUCUGAGACCUCCAGCAGUGCAAUAUGCCUGGGUUCUUUUGGGGAAUGAUAUACUUUUGGCUUGAAUACCCAAUCAGAAACUUUGUGGAUACUCAAUCUGCUAGACAAAACAAACUUUCCUUCUCUUAAUAGAGAGGAAGUGGACAACAGAUAAAGAAUGCUGUAUAUAUUGAGCCAUGGUUGAUACGUAGGUUUGUUUUGCUUAGCGGUUUUUUGGAAGGGCCAGGAGCAGCAGGAAAUGUUACAAGCCAGAAUUCUGUUAGGUGCAUUUGCUAGAAAGUGAUGACAAUGUUAAAAAAUAAGUUUAAAAAAUAAAACUUUUUUUUUGAAAGCAAAAA